AUGUCUGAUAUAGAAGUGGAAGUGCCAACAACGUUUAAAAAACGAAAUUUAAAGAACAGAGGUGGUAGAAAACGUAAAGCAUCUAGUUCAGAAGAAAAAAAUAGUUCAGACUCAGAUGAGCCUACAGUAGUGUUACCAACUAAGAGAGCACAGAAAGCAAAUCCAAACGUACAAUCCACUGGUGAGAGACGGAAAGUUGAAAUAGUAGAUGAUGCUGACAGUAGCGAUAAUGAAACUAAACAACCAAACACAACUCUGUCAGUGCAACAACAAAGAGAAAAUGCGACGGCCACAUAUGAACUGGACACUGAAAAGGAUAGAGACGCUCAGGCAAUAUUUGAAAAAGCUCAGAAAAUUAAUGAAGAGUUACAAGGACAAGCUGAUGAUAAGGUAUACAGAGGUAUAAACAAUUAUGCACAGUAUUACAAAAAGAGAGACACGGCCGCAGGAAAUGCUAGUUCAGGACUUGUAAGGAAAGGCCCUAUUAGAGCUCCAGCCAAUUUGAGAGCAACGGUCCGAUGGGACUAUCAGCCAGAUAUAUGUAAAGAUUACAAAGAGACUGGCUUUUGUGGUUUUGGAGAUUCCUGCAAAUUCCUCCACGACCGUUCGGACUACAAACACGGCUGGCAACUGGAGAGGGAAGAAACCCAAGCAAAUAAUUCUGACUCGGACUAUGAAAUACACAGCGAUGAUGAAUUGCCGUUCAAAUGUUUUAUAUGCAGGGAAAGCUUCAAAGAUCCUAUUGUUACAAGAUGUAAACACUAUUUCUGUGAGAAAUGUGCUUUAGAGAACUAUAAGAAGUCGACGCGGUGUUUUGUUUGCAAUGCGCAGACCAGUGGCGUGUUCAAUCCUGCGAAGGAGCUCGAGGCGAAACUUAAAGCUAGGGAAAGUGAUGAUGAUGGUGAUGAUGAUAAUGAUGAU